CCGAGUAGAAUUGGUGGUGCCCGCGUUUAUCAUAUCAGCUGGAAGCAUCGUGCGAGAAAAGAUUUCGGAAUUAGCUCAAAUUUGCUUUUAACGUCAAAUAAGCAUCCUGAUAUUGUGAGAUAAUUCCGAUGGAUAACGUCGAGGAUUACGUUAACAGUCACGAUCUUCAGCGUCGCGACGCCAGCGACGUAAUCGAGGAAUUCAUCGACGAGGUUGCUCAAAUGGAUGGGAGAUGCAUCGACAUUGGAUGUGGUCCCGGUGACGUCACCAACGAUAUAAUCUUGCCACGGUUAGCCAAGGAUGCUGCGAUAGUUGGAGCCGAUAUAUCCGAGAAAAUGAUUAAGCAUGCCAAAAAGAAAUAUCAGAACGAGGAGAGACUGUCGUUUCUUACUUUAGAUAUACAGACGCCUAAUUUGCCCAACGAUCUAAUAGGGCAGUACGACAACGCUCUAUCCUUUUAUUGUUUCCAUUGGUGUCAGAAUAUAAGCCAAACCUUCAGGAAUAUCUAUGAGAUUCUUCGACCAGGAGGAAAAUCUCUAAUCGUCUUCCUCGCAUAUAAUAGUGGUUUUAACGCCUACGAAGAGCUUUCCAAAAAUCCUGACUAUCGGCCUUAUAUGAAGGAUAUUCGGAAGUACAUUCCGUUUUUUCAUAACUUGGCGAAUCCUCGAGCGCAUUUAAAGAAAUACAUCGAAGAGGCCGGAUUCGAGAUUCUCCAUUGCAGCAGGCGAGAAAAGACUUUUGUAUACAAGAAUUUGGAACUGUUUACGGAACACGCACUAGCGGUGAAUCCAUUUAUUUCACGUAUUCCGGAAGAUAUGAGGGAACAGUACAAAAAUGAAUUAAUACGUACGACCAUAAACGAGAAGAUCCUUUUUACCGAAGAAAAGCUAAAUCAAAAGGAAUACAAUAUACUCGACAGAUAUUAUAUAUUUGUUGCAUAUUUUAGGAAACCAAUUGAUAAAAAAUUGUGAUAUAUUAGAAUCCAAUAGAGAUACCGUUGCGUAUAGUGUAUUAUAAAAAUAUUGCGACCGAAACUACAUGCAGUAUGGUUAGAUCAGGAGCUAUAUUGAAUACACAGACCAUGGACCAAAAUUAAAAAUUUUAAAAAAAAAUGAAAAUGAAUUCCAGCUUAAAUAGGACAAUUAGGAAUGAGAACGAUGUAAUAAUAAAA